ACUUUUAAUUGGCAAGUUAAGAUUGAUCCACGUGCGGUAUUUUCAAUGUAUAAUUUUCGAAUUCCUUUAAAUGAGUAACGAAAAAGUGCAAGUACAUAGGCCUGGCGCCUUUAAGCAAAUCAAUAAACCUCAUAAGCAUGGGGCUCAUCGAUCAAAAGGGGCAAUUGAUCUCGCAAAUAAAGGACGAACAUCUGUUAAAAAUCUUACGAAGAAAAAGAAAAAUGAAUUAAAUAGGGAACAAAGAAGACUACAAGCAACGCAAAUUCGUAAAAAUAAACGAGAGGAAGUUUUGAUUAAUAAACGAUUGGGAAAUCUUGAUGGAAAUUCAUGUCCACAUUUAGUCUGCAUACUUUCGUUAAAUAGAGAUUAUGAUCCUAUUCCUGUUUUAAGUAAAUUAAAAGAAAGUGAUCCUGAAAAUAUUAUAUUAGAAACUAAAUUAAAAACAACCCAUCUCACGAUUCCACGUUUCAAACAAAAAUUUACUUUUAUUUUACCAAACCCAGAUAACGAAUUUGGCGUUUUGGAUGCCCUUAAAGUAUCUAAUACGGUGGUUUUUGUAGUUUCUGCAGCUGCUGGUAUUGAAUUUAGUUCGGAGUUAAUUGAUAAAUAUGGCUCGAGAUUGUUAUUAUCAAGUUUUGGACAGGGUCUUCCAACACCGGUAAUUAUUGUCACAGAUUUAGAAACAAUUCCACAAAAAAAACGAAAUGAUCGAAAAAUAACGAUUCAAAACGAAAUUAAUAAAUGGUUUCCAAAUGAAAAAGUUGUAACAUUAGAUAAAAAUAGUGAUGCCUUGAAUGUUUUAAGAAAAAUUGGGAGUCAAAAGCAAAAAGGUGUUACUUAUCGAGAUAGAAGACCUCACUUAUUAGUUGAAAAUUAUAAUUUUAUUGAUGAACAAGAUGGCAAAGGGACUUUAAAAGUAUCUGGGUUUUUGCGAGGGACUCCUCUUUCUGCGAAUGAUCUAGUUUACAUUCCAGGAUUAGGUCAUUAUCAAAUAACGCAAAUUGAUGCCCCUCCAAAUCCUUUUGAUACUAAAUCAUCAUCAAUAAACACAUUAAUCUUACAAAAAGCGGAUUCACAACAAUUACAAAUCCAAGAAAUUAACCAAGACCGACCAGAAACUGAAUCAGAACAAAUGAUGGAAACAAUCCAUGAAAUUGAUGAGAUAUUAUAUGAAGAAAAACAACUUAUUCAGAAAAGAAUGAUUAAAAAAGUCCCAAAAGGUUGGUCAAAUUAUCAAGCCGCUUGGAUUCCAGAUGAAGAAGCUGAAUUAAAAUCAGAUGAUGAUGAUUUAAGUGAAGAUGAUCAAAACGAUUCUAACUACAUGGAUGCAAUGUCCGAAGAAAUUUCUGAAUAUUCCGACGCUGAAGAAGAUAAUUUUGAUACCAUGACUGUUUCUGAGGUACCUCUAAACGAUAAAGAAUACGACGAACAGUUUGAUCUAAAAGCUGAAAAGGCUGAUUAUGAAAAAUUAAAAGCUGCCAAAUCCGAUUUAAUGUUUCCUGAUGAAGUUGACACCCCAAUGGAUAUUGCAGCAAGAAAACGUUUUGAACGAUAUAGAGGUUUAGAAAGUUUUAGAACCUCACCUUGGGAUCCACAUGAAAAUCUUCCUGAGGAUUAUAGCAAAAUUUUUAAAUUUAAAAAUUUUGAUCAAGCGAAGAAAACGAUUUUAAGUAAUGUUAAAGAUAGGGAAAUUAAAGAUAUUCAAAAAUUUGUAACAAUUCACGUAAAAAAUGUCCCAUGGGAUUUAUGGCAAUCCUUAGAAGAUCUUGAAUCCCCCAUAAUUCUUUUUGGCUUACUCCCCCAUGAAACAAAUAUGUCCGUUGUAAACGUUGUUUUAAAAAGAACCGGAUUAUAUGAUGAACCGAUAAAAUCAAAGGAACGAUUAAUUUUUCAAUGUGGUUAUAGAAGAUUUAUGGUGCAACCCAUUUUUAGUCAACACACAAAUGGAAAUAAACACAAAUUUGAAAGAUUUUUUCAUCCUAACUCAACAGCGGUUGCAACAUUUUUUGCCCCUAUCCAAUUUCCACCAUCACCAGUUCUUUGUUACAAAGAAACCGAUGGAAAUUUAACGUUAAUAGCCACCGGAAGUGUUUUAUCUUGCAAUCCGGAUCGAAUUAUUUUAAAACGAAUUGUUUUAUCUGGUUACCCAUUUAAAAUUCAUAAACGUUCCGCGGUUGUUAGAUUUAUGUUUUUUAAUCGAGAAGAUAUAAAUUAUUUUAAACCUUGCAAACUGCAUACGAAAUACGGACGGGAAGGGCAUAUUAAGGAACCUUUGGGAACGCACGGACAUAUGAAAUGCGUUUUUAAACACCAAUUGAAAUCUCAAGAUACCGUUUUGAUGACGUUGUAUAAGAGAGUUUUUCCAAAAUGGAAAUAUCAGGAUUGUAGUCAACGUUGGAUGAAAGAAAAGGAUGAAAAUAACGUUGAAAUGACGGAAAUAAUGUAAUUUUUGUUGUAAAAAUAAAAUUAUAUGGAAAUUAUA